GGCGGUCGAUUCCGGAAGGGACUGCACAGUUGUGGCAGCGGUUUCUGUGUUGCGGAUAAGCGUUUGUCUCUUGGAGCGGCGUGUUGUACGGCAGCAUCAUGGUCGAGGAGGUACAGAAACAUUCUGUGCACACACUUGUGUUCAGGUCAUUGAAGAGAACGCAUGACAUGUUUGUAGCUGAUAAUGGAAAACCUGUGCCUUUGGAUGAAGAGAGCUUCCCGCUGCUCUCAGAGCCUUGCUGAGCUGAAAUUGUACCUGGCCAGUACCUCUACUCCCAUCUUUUCUCUCACAAACGGAAAAUGGCAAUCAAGCUGCGUAAUGAGUAUGGUCCUGUGUUGCAUAUGCCUACUUCAAAAGAAAAUUUUAAAGAGAAAUGUCCUCAGAAUGCAUCGGAUUCAUAUGGUCAUAAACAGUAUCCUGCCAAUCAAGGACAAGAAGUUGAAUAUUUGGUGACAGGUACACAUCCAUAUCCACCAGGACCUGGGGUUGCUUUGACAGCAGAUACUAAGAUCCAGAGAAUGCCAAGUGAAUCAGCUGCACAGUCCUUAGCUGUGGCAUUACCUUCUUCUCAGACCAGGGUUGAUGCGAAUCGUAAUGCACCUGCUGGAGGUGAAUACCGACAUCCAGGGGCUUCUGACCGUUCACAGCCUGCAGGGAUGACUCCAGCCGUUAUGGAGGCUGGCAAUGCCAAGAACUCUGCACUGAUGGCUAAAAAAGCCCCCACAAUGCCGAAACCCCAGUGGCACCCACCGUGGAAACUCUACAGGGUGAUUAGUGGGCAUCUUGGCUGGGUUCGCUGUAUUGCUGUAGAACCUGGAAAUCAGUGGUUUGUAACUGGAUCUGCUGACAGAACUAUAAAGAUUUGGGACUUGGCUAGUGGCAAAUUAAAACUGUCAUUAACUGGGCACAUUAGUACAGUGCGUGGUGUGAUAGUAAGCACACGGAGCCCUUACCUGUUCUCCUGUGGAGAAGACAAACAAGUCAAAUGCUGGGAUCUCGAAUAUAAUAAGGUUAUAAGACACUAUCAUGGACAUCUGAGUGCAGUGUAUGGUUUGGAUUUGCACCCAACAAUUGAUGUGCUGGUGACCUGUAGUCGGGAUUCCACUGCACGGAUUUGGGAUGUGAGAACUAAAGCCAGUGUACAUACGUUAUCUGGACAUACCAAUGCAGUUGCUACAGUGAGGUGUCAAGCUGCAGAACCACAGAUUAUUACUGGAAGCCAUGAUACUACAAUACGAUUAUGGGAUUUGGUGGCUGGAAAAACAAGAGUCACAUUAACAAAUCACAAAAAAUCAGUCAGGGCUGUGGUUUUACAUCCAAGACAUUACACAUUUGCAUCUGGUUCUCCCGAUAAUAUAAAACAGUGGAAAUUCCCUGAUGGAAGUUUUAUUCAAAAUCUUUCCGGUCAUAAUGCUAUUAUUAACACAUUGACAGUGAAUUCCGAUGGAGUGCUUGUUUCUGGAGCUGACAAUGGCACUAUGCAUCUUUGGGAUUGGAGAACUGGAUACAAUUUCCAGAGAGUUCAUGCAGCUGUGCAGCCUGGAUCUUUGGACAGUGAAUCAGGAAUAUUUGCUUGUGCUUUUGAUCAGUCUGAAAGUCGGUUACUAACAGCUGAAGCUGAUAAAACCAUUAAAGUGUAUAAAGAAGACGAUACAGCGACAGAAGAAACUCAUCCAGUCAGCUGGAAGCCAGAAAUUAUCAAGAGAAAGAGAUUUUAAUAUGGCAUUAUCUUCAUGGUGGCUCCUUUUUUUUUUUU